AAAAAAAAGUCUUUUUUUAGAAGAAAAUUUAGGAAAAGGAGGCGAUGAUUAUUAAUACCCUUUAAAAGAAGAAUUAAAAUAGAUAAAGGAUACUGAUAAUGAGAAAUUUAUGAAAAGUUAUUUAAAUAGAUUAGAUGGGAUUAAAUAUAAGUAUUUUGAAAAGGAUAAUAUAGAAAAAGAUAUCCGAGAGGAAAAAAGUUACUAUGAGGGGAUAAUAAAUGAUCCUUACGAGGAUUUUUCUAAAAAAGAAUUUCAAAUAAAUGAUUAACCAUAGACUAAACCAGAUGAAAAUUUAAAAUAAUUCAUAAUAGAACCUAAUAUAUUAAUAAAAAGUAAAAAAAUAUUAAAUUUAGAUGAAAACUAUUAGCUUAAAUACAAAAAUAAAGAUAAUUUUAGACGUAGAAAUAAUUAAUUAGGACUUUUUUUGGAUAAAUUUACGCCUGGAUAGUUAUAAACUUUACAAUAGAAUAAUUUUUAAUUUAAAGAUAAAAACAAUUAAGAUAUAAUAGAAAAUAAAAGAAAGACGUUUGAUUUUAUAUAUUAAAAUCCUUCCAAUUUACCUUUUGUCAAAAUGCAUUAAUAAGUUUUGGAAAAAAAAGAAGACAAAAAUCAAUAAAAUUUUCUAAAUAAAGAAGACUUGGCCAUUUUAUAAAAGACUCCUUUAAUACCACCUAAUAUUUUUUUAAAUAGAUUUUUAUAAAAAGACUUUUUUGAAUAAUAAUAAGAAGAAGAAGAAAAAUAAAUAAGCAAUAAAAUAAUAAUUAAUUAAUAAAAAACAAACUUUACAUCAUAAAAUAUAAUUGGUACUAUGAAUUAAUUCAAUCAGUAUUUUACUAAUAAAUAAUAAACAAGUAAAGCAGAAUUUUUCCUCAAAACUAAUAUUGAAAAACCUGAAAUUUUUUCAAUAAAAUCACUUACAAAUAUUCAAAAAAAUACAUAAAAUAUAUAAAAAAGUACUAUUUAAGAA